UUCACCUUCGUCAUUUACACUUUCCCUUCUGGAAAAAAUCCCUCCAAAGCACCAACCCCAAAGAUCAAUUUCCCUACCAAAGCUACAACUCCAAAGAUCAAUUUCCCUCCAUUCUUGCCUAAUCUUUCAUGAACUUUUAUCAAAUUUUCUCAAUUAUAAAAGCUUUUACACUUGUAUUUUUUCACAUUCUCUUGAAAAUCAAUCUCCUUUUUCUAGCUCUCAAUCUCCUUUGUCAUCUUCUCUGCUUAUCACUACCACCACCUGGUGGUAGUCAUAACCUUUUUCUCCCCUUUUCCAAUUGUGAUAUACUAAUAUUAGAAACACCAAACCUAAUCUUGGUUCCAGAUUUGAUUUCGAGUUCGUAACACGAUCCUUUCUUCUUCGAUUGCACUUCUAAAUUCUGGUUUCGAGACUCUGUUACAAGGAUAGGUUCCAUAUCUGCAUUCAAGCUAAAACAGGCCUAAAUUAUGCUAUUGAAGUAAUGAUGCUUAAUUGCUUACUGACAUUUAUUGAAAUUUGGAUGCUUCAAAUUUGCUUGGAUUUGUGAUAGUUGGUUUGUUCAUUCAUGCUAUGGAUCUAAUGUAUUUGAAAGUAAAAACUCAAUUACAGAAUAAGUAUAGGUACUGAAAUAUCGGAUUCGGUAGAUGCCGAAACCAUAUUUGCCCACCCCUAGCAAUGGGUGAAAUGGAGCUUGUAAAAUGCAAGACGGGUCCUGCUUUCGGUGUUUGUGACAAAAGAGCAUAAUGCAUUGUUUGGGAACCACAGUGCUAUGGUAGGUGAAAAUGCAAACAAGUCAAACGACCCAGUUCCCAUGGCGUUCUUCUAUUGCCAAGACAAACCGGAAAGGAGUUGGGAAUGCUAGAAAAGAGAGAGCCGUCGUCGGAAGUCGCAGGGAAUACUUGCACACUAGUCAACACCAGAACCCGUUGCAUUUUGGGAUAUUUGCUCUUGUUAACCAGCCACCACAAAGGUUCCAUUUGUUAUUCGUGAAAACUAGCAAAACAAUGGGCAUUCGAUUUUUAAAGUUUGUUAUCUUCAUCCUCUUACAGCUUUUCUUCUCUAGUUUCUCAUAUGGAACUGAUAUCAUCACCUCAUCCACCAAUCUUAGUGAUGGCAGAACCUUGGUUUCUAGUGAUGGAACCUUUGAAUUGGGGUUCUUCAGUUCUGGAAGCUCUGGUAAGAGCCGUUACUUGGGAAUUUGGUUCAAGAAAAUUCCAGUUCAAACUGUUGUUUGGGUUGCAAACAGAUGCAACCCCAUAAACGACUCAUCUGGUGUUUUGAUGAUAAACAGCACAGGCAAUCUGGUACUCCUCAGUCAAAGCAGGGGUGUUGUUUGGGCAGCAAACUCAAAGGAAGAAGCUCGAAACCCAGUAGUUCAGCUCCUGGAUUCUGGUAAUCUUGUUCUACAGGAUAGAAUCAUGGGUAUUUUGUGGCAAAGUUUUGACUAUCCUACCGAUUCUUUGCUAGCGGGGAUGAAGUUUGGAUGCAACUUAAGGACUGGUCUUAAUCGAAAACUAUCAGCAUGGAGGACACCAGAUGAUCCAUGCCCUGGAGACUUAACUUAUGGGAUAGAAAGAAAUAAUUUUCCCGAUUCUAUUAUGUGGAAAGGCUCAAAAAAGUAUUUCAGGUUAGCACCCUGGAAUGGCAUUGGAUGGAGUGGUGCACUGCACGCGAAGUCCAAUCCGUGGUUCAGGUUUAACUUCACCUCAAAUGAAGAGGAGGUUUACUCCACAUAUAACACGACAAGCAAAUCUGUAACCACAAGGCUUGUUCUGAACCAAACUUCCAGUAGGGGGGAGCGCUACAUAUGGAAUGAAGAAGCUCAGACUUGGACAUUGUUCAGUCAGGUUCCAUGGGAUAUCUGUGACAACUAUGGGACUUGUGGGGCAUAUGGGACCUGUGUGAGUACAGCACUGCCACCUUGUCAAUGUUUGAAAGGUUUCAGGUUUAAAUCACAAGAGGGGAGCUCAGUGGACUGGAUUCAGGGUUGUGUGCGCAACAACCCUUUGGACUGCCAGAAAGGAGAUGGAUUUAAAAAAUUUGGUGGGUUGAAGUUACCAGAUACUGCACAUUCUUGGGUGAAUAAAAGUAUGGAUCUCAAUGAGUGUAGAGCUAAAUGCUUAGUGAAUUGUUCUUGUAUGGCCUAUUCAACCUUGGAUAUUAAAGAAGCUAGCGGCUGUGCAAUCUGGUUUGGUGAUCUAAUUGAUCUUAGACAGGCCCAAUCUACUGGACAGGAUUUAUAUAUUCGAAUGUCUGCUGUUGAUUCAGAAAGAGAAAUUGAUCGGAGCAAUGAAAGACAAAAGGAAGAUUUAGAACUCCCAUUUUUUGAGUUUGUUGUAAUAUCCAAAGCCACCAAUGAUUUCUCUUCUGUUAGAAAGCUAGGAGAAGGUGGCUUCGGGCCUGUAUACAAGGGUACUUUGCCUGAUGGAAGAGAAAUUGCUGUGAAGAGGCUCUCAAGAAGUUCUGGACAAGGAUUAGUUGAGUUCAAGAAUGAAGUAGCACUUACAGCCAAACUUCAACAUCGAAAUCUUGUAAAGCUUUUAGGAUGCUGCAUUCAAGGGGAGGAGAAAAUGUUAAUCUACGAAUACAUGCCUAAUAAAAGUCUGGACUACUUCAUUUUUGGUUCGGCUUCCUAUGAUACAAGAAGGAAUCUAUUAGACUGGUCAAGGCGUUUUCACAUUAUUUGUGGAAUUACUAGAGGGCUUCUUUAUCUACAUCAAGAUUCUAGAUUGAGGAUCAUCCAUAGAGAUAUCAAAGCUAGCAAUGUUUUGCUUGAUAAUGAAAUGAAUCCCAAAAUUUCAGACUUUGGCUUGGCUAGAACAUUUGGAGAACAAUCAGAUGGGAAAACAAAUAGAGUGGUUGGAACCUAUGGUUAUAUGGCACCGGAAUAUGCUAUUAAUGGACAAUUCUCAGUCAAAUCUGAUGUAUUUAGCUUUGGCAUAUUGUUGCUUGAGAUAAUAAGCGGGAAGAAGAAUAGAGGGUUUUACCAUCUUAGCCAUACUGUUAACCUGAUUGGACAUGCAUGGAUAUUGUGGAAAGAAGGACGUCCUUUAGAACUGAUUGAUUCAUUUGUGAAAGAAUCUUGCACUCUUUCCGAAUUAUUAAGGUGUAUCCACAUUGGUCUUUUAUGUGUUCAACAACAUUACAAAGACAGGCCGAGUAUGUCAUCUGUGGUUUUGAUGCUGGGUAGUGAGACUGAAUUGGUACAACCCAAAGAACCUGGUUUUCUUUUUGACAAGAAAUCCCCUGAAAUAGAUCCCUUAUUCACUAAACUUGAAUCAAGUUCAACAAAUGAACUUAGUCUCUCAGUGUUGGAGCCUCGAUAAAAAUUACUUGAAAGCUGCAUGCCUCUUGCUAAUUAUUUUAUUUACUGUUGAUCACAAAUGUUUGCCAUAUAGCCUUAACCAUUAUUUGUGCAAAAUUAAUAGAGAUACUUAAAUUGU